CUCCUCCUCGAUGUCCUCGUCAUCCAUCUCCUCGCGGAUCAAUCGCAAUGGCAAUGCCAUCAAAUCGCCGCCUCCACCGUCGGGUCCACCACCACCGCCGCCCACAAAUGUGAUGGCCUCGGUGGGUGGCAGCAAUGCCAAUAGUUCCAGUGGCUACAGGAACAGCUUCAGCAGCUCCCUGAGCAAGGACAAGACCAGUUAUGGGAACUACGGCAGCACCACCUCGGUGGAGACCAUCACGCGGAUGGACACGAACACCACGAACACAGGGGCCACGGCCACGGAGGCGGGCGAGGCCAGUGGCAUCACGGCCAUCACCAAUAUCAGCAAUAGUGCCGGGAUAGCGGCCCCGGCUCCUGGUACUGGUACCAUUACCACCUCGGUGACCACCAACGACUGGCGAUCGGCCAUCGGCAUGCGAUCGGCCAGUGUCUACAGUGCUCCGGCUGCCGUGACCACCGUGCUGCCCGGAGACACCUCCGGCUACGAUUCCAAUUCGAUUGCCUCGCAGGGCGAGGAGGGCCUCAACAAUCCCAGCGAUCUGCCCUCGUACACCCGACCCUCGUACUCGCGAUCCGAGAGCAAUGCUUCCAAGCACUCGGACCUCGAUGUCAUCUUCGGGGACAGCAAGACCACCCCGGCCUCCUAUGGAAAUGGCAAAUACACCCGGGCCGCAGGAUCCAUCUCGGAUGCAGAUAUGAUUUUCGGGGGACCGCCCUCCAACUACAAAAGCGAUCGCUUCGGGGCCGCCAAGAGCAUGAGCAUGAGUUCCAGUGGAAUGGGUUCCGGAAACGGAAGUGGCAUGGGUUCCGGAAGCUACAAGAUCUACGAGGGCAUCCAGAAUGCGGCAUUCAGCGACUUUAGCGACUCGGGCAGUAUGAGCAGCAUUGGCUCGCACACCAAGCGCUGGAGUGCCAGCAAGGAGGAGGAGGACGAACUGGACUUGAAGUGAAUCCAGAGGAAAUUCCAAAGUAGAACUUUCACCUAGAAACCAUUCACACACAUUAACACACUCAUACGAGCAAACUAUGGAAAUCUAUCUAUUUUCUGCCUCUGAAGUUUCCUGGUUUCAUGGGAAAAACAAUACACUAAGCAUAUACUCACUCACUACAAGCCAUAAUCAUUGGGUUACUAUCGUUUCAAACCACCUUGAUCGAAACACUUUCCUUUCGUUUGCCAUGAACACACAAAGAACAGGCGAGGAAGCAGCAGAAAAUGCUAAGUAGACACUGUAGUACACUACUAAUAUAUAAUUAUAACCACCAAUGCAACAACAAUAAUGCAAAGCCCAUUAGAUGUGUGCAAUGAAAAACGUCGCCGAUGACUUGACUGGUUUUGCAGCAUGAUAAAGUACAUAUAAAGAACGAGGAACCUAUUUAAUUACCAUACUUAAAAACAUUUUGAAACAUUUUCCAAAGCAACAAAAUUAUAUAUUAAAUAUAUAUAUUAUUGAGAAAAAUAUUGAAUUAUAUACCAGACAUAUUAAACCAAUUGAGAGUUGAUGACACAAAAAGUAUUCGCUAGCAUAUAUUACGUGUUAACCUGCUAUCGAAUCAAUGGGAUAAACUUUUAAAUAAAUCAAAUAUUAAUGAAUCUGUUAUAAACCAACAUGAGACACAUAUGAAAUCCUAAAAACUAUAUAAAAUAAAAGACAAUAUGCGCAAAGUAUAACAAACAACCAAACGUUUAAUACUAACAUAUACGCGAUCUAAUUAUAAUGGAUAAAUCGGUUAACGAACUAUAUGUAUUCGGAAAUUACUAUGAGCAAAUGUUACAUACGAAACACACAAAAAACACACGAGAACAAAGCUACUCACACACAAAGUAAAUGUUUAUUACCACAAAUAUUAUGAUUAUUAUUAUGAUGUAUUAGCAGUUAAUGUUUACCAACAAGACGGGCCUGCUUCAGGGGCUUCGAAAUGUAUGGAAAGAUAUGGAAAUGGAGAGUACCAAGCACGACAAGCAAUGUUAAACUAGGCUGAACCAACUGGACAACAAUAACGAACCAAACAUAUUCGAAAAUCUAGCGAUCCCAUGCGAUCCACAUAAAUUUACACGGCUUAGUCGGUACACGAAUGUCGAGGAAAGAGCGGAUAGAGGGUUUGGAGGCAAUGAUACUGACGAAUAUUUAGAUAAUAUACACCAGAAGAUAUUUAUUAAUGUUGCAAGCGACAACAACAACGAAGUCAUAUUAUGCAUUCGAAUACUAAACAAUAGCUUCAAUUGGUUGGGACUAUGAUUUAGCCACAGGUGUUUUGAUAAAUGUUUUUUGUUACGCACAGGUUUAAGCAUUAUUUAGAGCCAUAGACAAUUUUACAUAUGUUAUAUUUGAGGUAAUAGUUACAUUUCACUUGGGUUGUUCUCUCUUUUAUCGACUAAUUGCAUUAGAGAAUUUUAAACACUGUUAUAGGCGGAGAAUUAUAACACGAGAAUACUUGAAAACUUGUUAGUUUUGCAACUCUCUUCGAUUUUAGUAGAAUCUGCAUUCGGAAAUGCUACAAAUAUUUUAAUCUAAACAAAUUUACAACUAUACAAUUGAAUAACAUUUGUUUUUGGGCCAACGGGCUCGGUUACUUUAUUCUAUAUCAUCCUAUCAUCUAUAUCUACAUCUACAAAUAUAUAUAAAAUAUGUAUGUAAUUAUAAGUGAAUCUUUGGCUACAAGUACUUUUUCGUAAUCGUAAACAUCAUCAUUUUACCCGAACUGGCACAUAUUCACGGAAUGUUUUAUAAACAUAUAUUUAUAACGACAAAAUGUAGAACAGAAAGUACAUGGUUAAAUGCAGGCAUCAUUCGAGGAAUUCGACAAACGUUCAUAUAUCAUGGCACUAGAACCACAACUCACUCAACCCAUCCCCCAUAACAAUAUCGUGCAUCAAAUGAACAGAAAGUGCUGAAUACAUAAAUCGAGAGGGAAACUCAAAGGAAAUACUCAAGCAUAUAGCGUAUAACUUACACGACUUCUAAUCUGUUGCAAAAUAUACCAAAUAAAUACUCGUAUUAUUGUGAAAGUAUAGCAAGAAAUAUGUACUUAUAUGUUGUCUGUAAUUGAUUCAACUCCCAGUCUACCCCAAUAAAUCCCGAAAAAAAUAAAACCAAGGGAGACCCACUCAUUCGGUACUCACAAAUUUACUGCAAAUCUAUAUAUAUAUAUACUACGAAUUAUUCCAAUGAAAAGCGGCAAUUGCAAUGGCUAAGAAACCGAAAAACAAAACCAAAGUAACAAUAAAUGAGUUGAUGAUUGAUACAAAAGCAAA